CUGAGUUUUUCUCUGCCAAACAUCAUCCAGCCAUCCAUCGAGAGAGAGAGAAAGAGAGAGAGAGAGAGAGAGAGAGAUUGGAAUCCGAGAAUCGGCUCAAUCAUCAUGGAGAUGAAGAUGGAAUCGCUGUCGUACGUCGACGAAGAGCUCGACUUCGGCUUCUUCCACGUCGAGUCGGAGGCCGAGGACGCCAUCUCCGCGCAGUGGGAGCUCGUCAAUGCCUCCGACGCCGGCUCCGAUCGCUCCGAUUCCGACGCCCCCGACAGCCCCGUCUCCGACGGGCCCGUGUACGAUCUUGGCCUUGCGAACGGGAUCGCCCGCGUCGAUGAUCUUGACGAGCGGGAUCCGGUGGGCCGAAAUGGCGAUCCCCGCAUUUCCCGCCCGAUUCGCCUUCCGGAAACCCUAGAGUUCCGCGCGGACGAUUACGUUGUGAAGGCGGACGUCGAGGGCGAUUGGCGCCGAGAUGGUCGCGAUGACGACGACGACGACGAUGAUGAUGAAGACGGCGAUGGAGGAGAAGAAGAGAUGGACGAGGACGACGACGGGCUGGACGAUGAGCUCGUGCCGCGUCACCUGAGCGGCAAGUUUGGGAGGCAGAGAAUAAGGAAGUUGGGGAAGAGAGCCUGCUCGAAGAUGAAUUACUCCAAGAGGUCGCCUCAUCUCUUUGUGAAGCCUGGUUGUCUGCACGGGAAGCACGGGUUGGGCUUAAAGCACAGUCUUUGAUCUGAGGUAAAAUUUGGGGAGAUCUAAAGAGGUGGUGGGUUGAUUGGGUUCGGGUUCGAUGUAAGUACUUUGAUUGAUCAGGGUUGGCUUGGCGCUCCGGUGAUAGUAGAUUGGGGGCUAGUUCUACUUGUUGAUAUCAUGUUAAUAGAUCUUUUAAUGCUGACCUAGUUCGUUUCUUCGA